AUGGCAGGUAUUCAAUCCCAAUCGCCUGCCAGUGAUGGUGAUUAUGAUUCCGAUGCAGACGUCCCGGUACCCAUCGAGCCCACCCCAACCUGUGCGCGCUGCGUGACGAAAUUGGUCCUCGACCCUACCUCACAAUGCAUCCUCCAUCAACCAACCCGGCGGGCCGUUGCCAUGAGGUCCGAUACGAAGUGCAGAUACUGCCAGGUCCAACGGGCAAGAUGUUACAAGUGCCCUUCAGCACUCAAGCCGGAGAUUUUGGAGCUCCAACAACGAGCCCAGGACUACAAUACCUGGGUAGAUGGGCAGAAUCUACUUCCGCCUGCUCAGCGCAGCACUUGGGUCUUACCAACGACUGUCCCGGCUGCAUGCCCCAGCAACGCACCGGAUGUUUACAAAGAGCUACAUAGGGCUCAAAAAGUGGUCGUAGCUGGGAUUAAAGGAGCCCAGAAGCGUAUCUCUGGGUGGAGAACCAUGAGGAACGUUAUAAGGAACUCCAUCAUGAGACUGGAUCCUGUGGUUCGAAAUGGUGACAACCGUGGCUACUGGUGGUAA